GACGUCACGCGCGUUCGCCAUCUUAGCGUCUUUGUUGAGAGCGAGCAGCAGGCAAGGCGCAGGAGGACAGCGAAGCGGAGGCGCAGGGCAGAAGGAAGAAGAAUAAGAAGAAGAAGCAACAACAGCAGCAGCGGCGACUACGACUGCUAUUGUUUCUUCCCCCCUCCCUCUCUCCCCCCUUUAUAAGAAAUCAUUUUUUUAUAUAUAUACUCCUCGCUUCCACACCGCCUUAACAAACAAAAAAGAAGACCGCGUCAAAUAUAGCCAUGCCUCCGUCGUCGAUGAAAAUCGCCGUCGUGUGCUCUAGUAACCAGAAUAGGAGUAUGGAGGCUCAUAGUGUGUUGAGUAAGAAAGGUUUCUAUGUGCGUUCGUUCGGGACGGGGACGCACGUGAAACUGCCUGGGCCCGCUCCGGACAAGCCCAAUGUGUACGACUUUAAAACGACCUACGAGCAAAUGUACAGCGACCUGGUGAUGAAGGACAAAGAACUAUACACGCAGAAUGGCAUCCUGCACAUGCUGGAGAGGAACAGGCGGCUUAAGCCUCGGCCCGAACGCUUCCAGUCGUGCCGCGAGCACUUCGACAUCGUCCUCACCUGCGAGGAGCGCGUCUAUGACCAGGUGUUGGAAGACCUGAACUCAAGGGAACAGGAGACUUUGCAGCCUGUGCACGUCAUCAACGUGGACAUUCAGGACAACCACGAGGAUGCGACACUGGGCGCCUUCCUGCUCCUGGAGAUGUGCCAGUGUAUCAAGCUCACGGAUGACGUGGACAAUGACAUCGAUGAGCUCUUGCAAGAUUUUGAAGACAAGUGUGGAAAGCCCCUUCUUCACACGGUGUGCUUCUACUGAGACGGUUGUUGACGCAUGCAACACCUGGGACUCCGGAAAACACUGUGUACAAGCAGCCAUGCAUUUUUGCAAGCCAGUGCAUAUGUUUCAUAUGUAUUUCAUUUAUGUAUAAAUUUGUAAAUAGGAGGAUAUGUAUGCUGAUUUUCUGCGAUUGUCAUAAAAUGCAAUGUAAAACAAAAAAGCAAGGAAAGCCAUUGCACCAUAAACAUUUAUCUCCGAGUAGAGUUUACUUGAAUUUACAAAAAAAAUUACAGCAAUAGCUUGGAAUUUGCCGGCACAAUAUUUGUUUUUACGCCGUUUGAUUUGAACCGACUUAAAGAAUUUCUAAAAAAAAAAUAGAGGUUUUUUUUUUGUACCCGAGCAAGCGGGUACUUAAAGUUCACGGUGGGAAGCUGCGCAUCAUUCCUGUGUUAGAUGGGCGGGGGUGGGGGGGGGUACACGUGGAUGCGACGUGUCAAAAGGCUUUGUGUCGAUUUCCAUGGCGCAUCUUAAAUUGUGUAAAUGCAGAGCUUGCUCGUUGAAGGGAGUGCGAAAAUCUCAGCUCCGUUCUAUGAAUCUUUGGAGAGCACUCGUGAAAAAAAAUGUUGGACAGGUGAAGAUAUUGAAAGAUUUAUGGCAUGGUGUUGGCUACCUAACAACACAACCUUCUUUUUGUCGCCAUUCACCUAAAGUUCUUUGACAAAAAGGUACAUGUAUAGAUACAGGCAUAAUCAAAAUAAUUGGGUGUGACUUGUACGUUAAUGCUCAGGCAGAAAUUGUUUCGCGUUAACACCUUGAAAAUGUUCCACAAGCCAAAAAGGUGCACGGUGUGUACUAUGGUUUAAAAUUGGCCCCAUGGGCAACGUGACAUCUGGCUUGGUUAAAUGUAAAAAAAAAUAUAUGACGAAUAUCAUGUCAAUAACCGAUUUUUUCAUAGUUGCAUUUUUGCUUCUUCAAAUGGCCAAAUAUUUGAGCAAAACAUGGUAAAGUUGAACUUGGUUAGUUUACAGUUAUACAUUACGUGUUUUUUGGGGGAAUUGGAUCAUUUGUUCAUGGAGAAUAACUUACGCUAUUUGGAAUCUUAACCUGAACACCACAGGUGAGAGCAGAGUAUACUGUUUUGCUGCAUUACACCCUGCUUUUUGUCUUUAUUUAUACAAGCCCACAAUAAUGCUAAAAGCUCAUUUCCUUAAUAUAUUUUGAACAAUUUAUGGCGUGACAUUGUAUUUAAAAUAAAUGCACACUUGAAUAUGCAA